AUGCUCACCAGCAAUGAGUUGGACAUUCUUAGUAAGAAUGUAUUGAUGACUCAGCGCUGGUUGGACCUUAUUAAAGUAUUGCCUGGCUGCGGGAACGGAAACGUUUCCAGCAGUUAUAUUUACAAGUUGGCGCUGUUCUUCGGAGCAGCGAUAAUUCUCUCACUAUUCGGAUGGAUAAACUUUUCUUCCCUGAAGAGGAGAUCCACAACUUCGUUAAUUUCUGACCUGAUAGACGACCGCCAAACCUUAAAGGAUGAGGAAGACGAUGAAGAGGAAGACCAUGAAGAGGAAGAAGAAGAGGAAGACGAUGAAGAGGAAGAGGAAGAAGAAGAGGAAGACGAUGAAAAGGAAGACCAUGAAGAGGAAGACGAUGAAGAGGAAGAAGAAGAGGAAGACCAUGAAGAGGAAGAAGAGGAAGCGAUGAAGAGGAAGAAGAAGAGGAAGACCAUGAAGAGGAAGAAGAAGAGGAAGACGAUGAAGAGGAAGACCAUGAUGAGGAAGACCAUGAAGAGGAAGAAGAAGAGGAAGACGAUGAAAAGGAAGCAGAAGAGGAAGAAAGAGAAGAGAAUGAAAAGAAGAGAAGAGGAAGACGAUGAAGAGGAAGAGGAAGUGGAAGAGGAAAAAGAAGAGGAAGACGAAUUUCAAGCAAUUUUGGACUAUUACAUUAAUCAUCCAUGUGCCCCUACCAAAGAGGAAGAGGAAGCAGAGGAUGAAGAAGCUGAGGGGGCAGAAGAUCGAGCCGAAUUCUUAGCUAUUUUGGACCACUACAUUAAUCUUCCGUCUGCCCCUACCGAAGAGGAAGAGGACCAUGAAGAUGAGGGGGCACAAGAUCGCGCCGAAUUCUCAGCACUUCUGGACCACUACAUUAUUCCUCCGUGGGCCCCUACCGAAGAGGAAGAGGACGAGGAUGAAGAUAAGAGGGCAGAAGAUCGCGACGAAUUCUCAGCAGUUCUGGACCAUUACAUAAAUGAGUCAAGGCCUCCUGCACUAAAUAAUAAUUCCCGAAGACCCGCUGACUGCGAGGAAGAUGAUCAGGAUGAUUUCUCAAGAUUUUUGGACGAUUUUUCAACAGUAUUGAACCAGUAA